AUGCGGCCAGCCACCCGUUUGCUUGCGCGCUAUCUGGAGGCGGGCACUCCUACCGGCCUAACCGGCCUGUGGACACAUUCGACGCCCCGAUCGACCCUCCUCUACCUCUACGGCACUACCCUCCACAGGCUUCAGUCAUUUCCCGAGUCGUCGCUAUACCGCCAAUCCGUCGAGGCAGUGACCAAGCACCGUCUCGCUCUUGUUGAGGCACAAGUCCCUCCCGGCUAUGAUGAGUGGGCGGUCAAGGCCAAGGCCCUCGUGGGACAGAGCGCUGAGGCUUUCCGAGUGAACAGCGGUCGCAUUGACGGCAGCGAGGCGAGAACAGUCAAGUUGGGCAACCGCGUCUUCGUUAUUGGGCAAAGGCACGAGACUGGAGAUCCCCGGGUUGAAGAAUGGGAUGGCGAAGCGGAUGAGGGUGGCGAGUUGGAGGGUGUCCGAACUCCUACCGAACGAGCAUCCCAGGUUGUCUGGGCCGAACGUAAACCACUCGAGGAUCAUGAGCAGAUUGAGUGGGAGGACGAACCUCAGCUUACCGCUGACCAGGUCCACAAGCUCGAGCAGCAGAUUGGUGCCGGCCUCAUUGAGGAGAUCAUUGAGGUUGCCGAGGGUGAACUCCAGCUAAUUGACACAAUGGAGAAGUCCAAGGUUUGGGAGGAUCUCGAGGAGAAGCCUGUUGAAGGACAGUGGACCUACUUCGAGCGCUCUGCUCCUUGA